GUCUUUGCUUGCUUGCUAGACCACCGCCUAAGGAAAACAGAUGAAAAAAUCAACACCAAGCUACACGGCUAGUCAAAACACGGAACGAAAUAAACAAAAACUCUCUGUUCUCGGACAAAAGCGAGCGGAUCCUGCGGUUUGUGUCGAUUGCAGAUAAACUCCUUGAAAGAUGGCGCAGGGCAGUGGACAUGAGGAGCAAACAUUCAGCGAGUUUUACACCGAGGUGAAGGAAAUAGAGAAGCGCGACUCGGUGCUUACAUCCAAACAGCAGAUCGAUCGGUUACUGCGUCCGGGCGCGACCUACUUCAACCUGAACCCGUUCGAGGUGCUACAGCUCGACUGUGAUACACCGCUGGAGCAGAUAAAGAAAAAAUAUCGCAGCCUUUCGAUACUGGUGCAUCCGGACAAGAACCCGGACAAUCUGGAGCGCGCCCAGCAGGCUUUCGAAAUCAUCAGCAAAGCGUACAAAACGCUCGAGAACGAAGCCACCCGCAAAAAGUGUCUCGAAGUCUACGAGGAGGCAAAGGACCGUACCGACAUGAUGAUUGCGGAAAAGAAGAAAAAGCUGAAGAAGGAAGGCAAGUACGACGGUGUGCCGGAGGACGACCCCGUCAAGUACAAACACGCCAUCUACGUAAUGGUGAUGAAGCUGUUCGCCGACAUCGAGAGACGCCGCCAGCAGCUGGAGGUGCGCGAUAUGGAAGAGCGCAAACGUAAACGGGAGGCCGAGAUCGAGGAGGAGGAGCAGCGCGAUCUGCAGAAAGAGUGGCAGAAGAACUUUGAAGAAUCGCGCCAGAGUCGGGUCAACAGCUGGCACACCUUCCAGGCCGGUUCGUCGACGUCGUCCUCUUCGUCGUCGGCUUCGGCGGCCGCCGCUGCCGCCGCCACGGCCACGACGGUCAAAAGCAAAAAGUCUAAAAAAGCCAAGUACACCUCGUUCAACCCACCAAAAAUCAAACCAGAAACACGAUAGACCUGAGCUGGAGCUGGAAGGACCGCUUAAGGAACACGGCUAAUCGUCCGCUGCUGCGUGCGUUUUGCUGAUGUCGACACAGAUGGAAUAUAGUUUAAGUACUGCCUUUCUUCGCAGAACCACGUCUUCUGCCACCAUUCACUUCAUGUCUGUUUGUUCGAACGAAUCCUUCGAGCGGAACAUCGCUAGACAGCGAUGGGAUCGUUCUUCUGGGUGGUAGUGUACAAUUUUUUACAGAUUUGUAAGCAAACGGUUGUUUUACGUUUCAAUUCGAAGGUAGAUGAAGGGCAACCUGCAGGAACGUUUUGUAACCCCAUCCCCACUAAAUAGGUUAUGCAAACGUUGUGAAGCGACAGAGAAGCGAACAAAGAGGGUUUGUUUGCUAAAAAAAGAAGAAACAAUUUAGCUUUUGCGACAGAAUAAAACGUACAUGUAUCUUGACUAAUCGGAA